AUGGAUGAUUUGACUCCAUUAAAAACUGAUCAUAAACAAGUAUUUACUGUGUUGGAAAACUCUACGUUAACCUCAAGUUUAAAACAUAAAAAUACUGUUACAAAAUACACAAAGUUACCACAUUUUGAUUCUAAAGCAUCAUGGCCUCAUCACAAUCAUGUAUUACGUCCACGGUUCCGGCGCAUUGUUACACUAGAAGAUCAGCCGACUGAAACAACCAGAUCAAUAAAACAAAAGAUAAUAACCCCAAAUAUGAUUACAACAAAUAGCCCCAAACGAAAAAUUAAGAUUAUCACCAUAGAAGAUGAUGCUGAUUCAAAUUAUUUUUCUAAUUUAUCCAAAGAUGUUAAGAAGACUGCAACAUUAAAUUGUACAAAUAGAGCUAUUCAGGCAAACUACACUGAUGGAAAAUCACAAGGUUUACAAAAAGCUAUUUCUAGAAUUACUGGCUCGACAAAGCAUUUAAAUUCAAGAGAAACAAGACAUCACACAACAAAAUCUAAAGAUUUAUGUAAUAAAAACCAGAUUAAUAAACAAAGUUUUAAACAGUUGCACAACAAAGAAAUAAAAACAUGUGAAAAUGACAAAAGGGUAAAAAUGUUUCACACAAAAGGAAAAGAUAUGUCACAAAACGUCAAAAAGUCAAACAAGUCAAAAAUUAGUACGAGUAAAAAUUUCCAGAGGGAACUCAAUUUUAUCGAUUCAUUUUUUGAGUCCCUUCAAUACUUGGAGACACUCUCGGAAAGAAGUUUCACAGAUGUAAACUUGAACAGUUUGACUUACAACAAACCAUUCAAAGACAAUAAACAUUCUGGGUAUUUCACAAAUUUUACAAAGAUUGAAAAUGGCCCUUGUGUUGAUGAUACUGAAACAAUGGCCACCAAGAGUCUUUGUCAGCUCAACUUACUCAUUCAUAAUGAGCAGAGACGAGCAAGAGAUUUUUUAUUUGUACUUAAAAUGCAAGAAGAUGUUCUGAAGGACUACAUAAAGUCUCAAAUGCUAUGGUUGGAGAAGAAAAAGAAGCAAGACAAUACGGACAUAUCGGCACUGAAGAAAAAACAACGUGGCGCUUUACUGAAAUUGCAGCAUGAAUGUGGUGAAAUGCAAAGGAUGCGCAAAGCGUUGCUCACUCUUUCCGAAAAACGUAAAGUUGCGCUUAUGAGGACGAAAAAGAAUAUCGAAAUGAAAUUGAAAAACAAUGUAAAUGUUGAACAAAUUCUCCUGGGGAAGAAGAAGUUGAAGCGCAACACGGCGUCUGACCGCUGCGUAACUCCCAUAAAAUGUUUCGAACUCUCGAGCAGUUGUGAAGACUCUACCACCUCUCGGACGAAGACUGAUUGUGCCUGGUAUAGUACGGUCAUUGCUGAAUCAACAAUAAAUCGCAAUGAAAAAAGUGUCACCAGCGCCGAGAAGAGCAUACAAACCGGCGACAGCAUCUCUGCAGUUGAUGCAAAUAAUCAAUCGACAGCUACCGCGGCUGAAAAUUGCAUUGUGGUCGAUGGGGGAUAUUUAAACAUACUAUUUCACAAUCUGUCUGUUCCGCAAAUCUUUAGCAGCGGCAAACAGUACGAGGUCAAUGAGGAAGCCCUGAAGAACAUCGUGAACUCAUCGAAUGCCUGCAGCAAUAUAUCAAAAGAUACGGACGCAAUUGAAAAGUUCAUAGAACAGGUGAAGAACCACGAAACGGAGGGCUCGAGCGGCGCUUCCACGGCCCAUAGUCUGGUCGAGGAGUUUGACCAGUACUACAAAUGCCUCGACGACGAGGACAAGUCGUUGGCGAACUCGCCCGACUCGGAAGGCCACGAGGGUGAGCUCAAAGAAGCAGAGAGCGACCGCGAAAAAUGCGACCACGAUGGAGUCUCUAUAAUCACGAUGGAGGGCGACGACGGCUUGCUGACGCGGUUGAGCGAAGUCUACGAGGCCGAACGUUCACGCGUCUGUGAGCCAACUGCUGUGUCUGUUGAGGUUCAGACUUACGGGGUCCCGGUGGUAGGAGCCAGCGUCGCGGGGCCGCUACCCGUACCCGCGGGAGAGGCAGCUAUCGAACCGCAGGCGGACCAGACCCAAUGGACACCCUCAAAAUUAUCAAGCGACACAGAGAGCUCUCAAAAUGAUCAGGUUUUCUACCCGAAUAUAACACCUAUACCUCAAUAUACAUCUCCAGUGCUCCAUGAAGCAGAAGAGUUGCGACGUCAACAAUUAGCCAUUGAAAGAGAGAUAAAAGCCUUAGAGCAGCAGCAGUGUCUUCUUGUCGUACGUGAGAUACCAGACAAACCGCCACCUCCUUAUACUCCACCAUCUGAAACCCGAAUGCCGAAGACUCCUCAUAUGUUCAUGAAGGAUGGAGUGACAGAAGAAAAGAUUCACAAACAUUUUGUUGACUUAUCAACAGACAUUUUUGAUAUCAGUGACCCUUUUGAUGGCUUUGUCAAAGACUUUUGUGACGAGAGCAUUCAGAGGCAGCGGUCUGGAAUAAGUGAUAAGCCAUGGGAUGCUUACAAUUUGCUUCCUCAGAGACCCCAACCAGAUACCAAAAAGAUAGUGGAGAAGACAUGCACAGAACUAAAAGAAGUGCUUUCUGGGGUAACACCCACUUAUGUGUCAGGUGUCAGUUCCAGACGAACAGACCACAUCGACGAUAUAUUGUAUGCAGAGUGGCGACGUUGUGAGCCAGAAUGGACUUCUCUUCAUACCGAUGAAGCUUUAGUCAAAAACCAACUCUUUGAAAGUAUAUUUGAAAAAAUCCUCACCGAGACCAUUGGUGAAUACAAAAAAAUAGUGUGCAAUGAUUUGACAAAAAAG